AUGGCUUCAUUCAUCACCACCAUGUCGGUUCCCAUUAACCCUGUUCUUGUUUCUUCUACCAAUACUCCUGCUACUCCCUUUGCCCCGCCAUCAUUUUCAAAAUCAUCUCACCCGUUGCCCCGCCCAUUGAGUCCCUCGAUUCAUUACAAUGAUGCCCCCCUCACACAACCUCCUUCUUACCUGUCGCCGAUUGUGAGCGCGCUCACAGAUGAAACAUGUGGACUAACCCCUCCCAGCAAUGCGCGGACACGCGCGCCGUUUAAGCCACGGUCCGCGGCCAAAGGCACGAGCAGUUACCAGUUGAGACAGUUCGCAGAGGCGACGUUGGGAAGUGGGAGUCUCAGAAAGGCCGUGAUCCUUCCUGAGGGGGAGGACUUGAAUGAGUGGCUAGCAGUUAAUGUGGUGGAUUUCUACAAUCAGAUCAAUCUUCUCUAUGGUUCUAUUACAGAGUUUUGUUCGCCUCAGUCAUGCCCGGAGAUGAAAGCCACAGAUGAAUUUGAGUACCUUUGGCAAGACUCGGAGCACUUUAAGCGGCCGACGAAGAUGUCUGCCCCAGAGUACAUCGAACACCUGAUGAGCUGGGUUCAGAGUAAUAUUGAUAAUGAACAAAUGUUCCCCAGCCGACUGGGCGUUCCGUUCCCCAAAGCGUUCACCAGCCUCAUCCGUCAGAUUUUCAAGCGGUUAUACCGGGUAUACGCACACAUCUACUGCCAUCAUUACCCGGUCAUCGUGCACCUGGGACUCGAACCGCAUCUGAAUACAAGCUUCAAACACUACGUGUUGUUUAUCGACGAACAUCGGCUGGCGAGCGGGAAAGACUUCUGGGGUCCGCUGGGGGAUCUGGUUGAGAGCAUGUUGCGAAGCGAUUAACGGAGGUGUUCGGUCGACUUGGCAAAUUGAGGAUCUAGAUUGGGCAUGACGGUGAUAGUCGGUUUCCAAUCAACCAAUGCACUGAAUGACGGCGUUUGGUGGGGGUUUUUUAGCAUUCUGUCAUGGUUUUAAUAGAAAGAUGGUUCCCACCAUCACGAUGAGCGG